AUGCUUAGCGAGGAGCCUCAUUCAAGGCCCUAUGAGUUUUUAACGGCAGCAGCUCCCAGCAGCAGCAGCAGCAGCAGCAGCAGCGGCAACUGCGAAGCGCGCAGCGAUGAACGCCGCAGCAGCAAGGGCCUGCAGCACAGCCGCAGGCGCAGCAGCAGCAGGCGCAGCAGCAGCAGCAGCAGCAGCAGCCGUGUCACAAUGGAGGGUAGCCCUCGCAAGGGCUCUCCUCUGCUGCGGCUGCCGAGGCGUGGGAAGCGCAGCAAACGCAGCAGCAGCAGCAGCAGCAGCAGCAGCGAAGGAGACACUACCGACAGCAGCAGCAGCAGCUGCAGCAGCAGCCCAGCCCGCAAACUUCAAAGCAGCACCAAUCCCACGCGAGGGGCCCCCAGAAGCAAAAGGGGGGCCCCUGCUGCUGCAGGGGGGCCCCCCAAGAAGGCUGCAGCAGGUGGGGGCCCCCCCCAGCUGCUUCGAGGGGCCCCCAGCGUGUCUGCUGCAGCAGCAAGAUUUGAGUGCUUCUUUUAUGAGCCCCUAGCAGCAGGAGCGAAGGCGGUGGUUGCUGCUGCUGCUGCUGCACCUGCUGCUGCGCUGCAGCUGGCAGCAGCAGCUGCUGCGCCCUUCGUCUCAGGCCUGCUGCAGCAAGAAGCAGCAGCAGCAGCAGAACUCGGGGAGGCCGUUGCUGCGCUGCCGUUGGCUGAAGCUCUGGAGACGUGCUUUUGUGGCACAGCAACAGCAACAGCAGCAGCAGCAGCAGCAGCAACUGCAACAGCAGCAGCAGCAGCAGCAGAAGACGAUGAGUCGCCGUCUGCUGCUGGCGAAGCACCUUCGCUAGAGCGUUUGGCGGACUUGCUGCUGCUGCUGUCGGCAGCAGACUGCAGCCAGCAGCGUCAGGGGUGGGAGAACAUCCGCGAAGCAGUUGCUGCUGCAGCAGCAGCAGCAGCAGCUGCUGCUGCUGCUGCUGCUGCGCCUGAAGCAGCAGCGCCCCCGGGGGCCUGGCGGGUCGUUUCUGCUGCUCUCGGGCUUUGCAUGCAGCGCGGAGGUCUUGGGGGGAAGUACGCAGCCAUAGCCUACUUAAGGUUUCUGGGGCUGCAAAUUAAUGACCGGCAAGAGGCGCAGCAGCCUGAGCUCGAGGGGCAUCUGCUGCAGCUGGUGCUGCGGCAGCUGCAGCAACCUCUGCAGGGGAGGGCCAUUCCUUGGCAGCAGCAGCUGCAGCAGCAGCUGCCGCAGCAGCAGCAGCUGCAGCAGCAGCAGCAGCUGGAACAGCAGCAGCAGCUGCAGCAGGCGGAGCGGGUGCGGCUGGCUGGCUGGCUGCAGCAGCAAGAGCCCCCUUCCCUUGCGGCGAUUGUGUCGCUGCAUCUGGCUUUGCUGCUGCAGCAGCUGCAGCAGCAAAGUCUGUCUUGCAGCAGCAACAGAGAGGCCCUUCGGCUGCUGCUGCGGCAUGCAAUGGAAUUCAUGGGAAAGACUCAGGGGGAGGUUCUGCUGCUGCUGCCGCUGCUGCUGCUGCUUCGCGUCAAGGAGCUGCGUACGAGGCACUUGCAGCAGCAGCAGCAGCAGCAACAACAGCAACCGAUGCAGCAGCAGCAGCAGCAGCAGCUGACUCCAGAGGCAACCGUACUAGCUGAGCCAGCUUCUGCAGCAGAAGAACAAUGGCAACACGAGCUGCCCAUGCCCCAGCAUGAGCAGCAGCAGCAACAGCAGCAGCAGCAGCAGCAGCAGCCUCUAUUUCUGCUGCCCCUCUACCAAGGAGGACCUAAUGUAGAUUGCCUUGCUGCAGCAGCAAGCGAUGUGCUGCUGUCAGUGCUGCCGCGGCUCCUCCAAGAGCACCAGCAGCAGCAGCUUGACGCAAGUGCAGCAGCAGCAGAUGGAGCAGCAGCAGCUGCUGCAUCAUCUUAUGGGGCCAGCGAGCAGCGGCAGCAGCAACAGCAGCAGCAGCGGCUUGUGAACUUCGUGCUGCAGGUUGUUGGAGGCUGCGGAGAGCUGCUGCUGCCCGAGCUGCUGCUGCACCCCUUGCUGCUGCUGCAGGCCCGCCUGGCUGACCUGAAGGACCUCAGGGCAGCAGCAGCAGCAGCUGCUGCUGCUGACAUGGAUCCAGAAGAAGAGGCACUAUAUGGAGUCGCAGACAGCACUGAAUCUGCCUCAGCAGCAGCAGCAGCAGCUGCUGCUGCUGCUCCGAGUGCAGCAGAAAUGAAGAGACUGUCGGAGCUGCAGCAGCAGCGCGAGUUGGCUGCAGAUCCACUUGUGGCGUUUCUGGGGAGCUUCUGUUUUGGCUGCCUGCCGAGCAGCACAGCAGCAGCAGCAGCAGCAGCAGCAACUUGCUGCGCCAUCAUCAGGGGCUGCGUUUUGGAGGAGGCGCUGCAGCUGAAGAGCAGCAGCUGCAGCCUGCUGGACAAACUUGAGCGGGAGCACCAGCACCUGCAGCAGCAGGAACAGCAGCAGCAGCAGCAGGAACAGCAGCAGCAGCAGCAGGAACAGCAGCAGCAGCAGCAGCAGCAAGAGCAGCAGCAGCAAGAGCAGCAGCAGCAGCAGCAGGGAAGGCGCCGCAGAGUGCUCGAGAGGUUUUUGCGUUUCAUUCUCAUUCCUUUGCUGCGAGCUUCCCGCUUGGGCCAGCGCCUGCUGGGGGUGGAGUUGCUGCUGCAGCUGCUGCAUGCAUCUGCUGCUGCCAGCAGCAGCAGCAGCAGCAGCAGCAGCAGCAGGCUUGACAAAGGGAACGACGAUAAUGCUGCUGAAAGAGGCGCUCUGCUGCUGGAGCCUUUGCUCGAGGACAAGAGAGAGAGCGGAGGCGUGCUGCUGCUGCUGCAGCUGCUGCUGCCGUUUGCUGCUGCACUUGAAGACAGGCAGCCUUUGCUUCGUGCCAGGGCCAUUGAGGCGCUGCCUUCUGUUUGCGGCGUCUUGCUGCGUGCUGCAGCAGCUACGCAGGCAGCAGCAGCAGCAGCAGCAGCAGGAUCGGCGGCAGCAGAAGCCCGGACACUGCAGCACCGGAAGGCGCAGCAGCAGCAGCUGCUGCUGCUGCUGCUGCGGCCCUCUUUGUUAGAAGGGCUCACCGGCAGCUGCUUGGAACACAGCAAAACUGUUGUGCGGAGAGGCGCUUUGCUGGCGCUGCAGCAGCUGCUGCCGCUGCUGCUGCAGCAUUUGCUGCUGCUGCAGCAGCUGCCGGUGCACCCGGGGCCUCUUCCCGCUCUCUGUGGAGAGUCUCCUGAGGAGGAGAGCGAGGACGAGGCAGCAGCAGCAGCAGCAGCAGCAACUGCAGCAGCAGCAGCAGCAGAAAAAUCCAUUGCUGCUGCUGCAGGCCAUGAAGGCUGGGGACUCUUUUUGCUGCUGAACUGGAGAAAGGCAGCAGAGAGGUGUAAAGACAGCUCAGUGCUGGUGAGGAGGCAGGCGAUCAGCGCGCUGCACACAUUUGCUGCUACCGCAGUACAUAAGCUGCAGCAGCAGCAGCAGCAGCAGCAGCAGCAGCAGCAGCAGCAACUGCAGCAGCGGCAGCAGCAACUGCCGCAGGCGGAUGACGUGCUGCUGCUGCGCAGGGACCAGCAGCAACCUGAGCAGCACGAGGGCCAGCAACAGCAGCACCAAGAGCUGCAGCUGCUGCCGGCAGUGCAGCAAACAGAUGGUGCUGCUGCAGCUGCAGAAGAAGCCACCGCUGCUGCUGCUGCACUAGUCCGCAGCAUCUGCAGCACGUGGAGGGACUUCGUUUUGCGUGCAGCAACAGCAGCAGACGAGGAGCCAAUGGUGAGAGAAAAGGCUUCUGAACUGGCGCAGAAGCUGCUGCAGUGCGACAGCAGCAGCAGCAGUAGCAGCGCAGCAGCAGCAGCAGCGGAAGCAGCAGCAGACUUGGUCAUUAGCGGCGCAACUGACGAGCACUUUGAAAGCUUGAGGCGCUUCUUCGCAGGCUGCUGCAGCAAGCGAAAUGGAAUGGCAGCAGAACGGCUCAGGGAAUGCGUCCGCAGCGUAGCAGCGCCAGGGGUUGCAGUGAGGAGGCUGCUGGAGUUGCAGGGCUUCUUUGACUGGGCAAAUCAAACUGCAGCAGCGGCGAAUGAGCCUUCAAGCAGCCGCAGCAGCAGCAGCAGCAGCAGCAGCAGCAGCAGAAUGUGUGGGGCCUCUGAAAGCCAGACAGCGGAGGCUGCGGAGGCGGCCGUUGCGGCGUGGCGUAAAGUUGCUGCAGAUGUGCAGCAGCAGCAGGAGCAGCAGCAGCAGCAGGAGCAGCAGCAGCAGCAGGAGCACGAAAGCCGGCUGGACUCCCAACUGCAGCAAAUGCAAGGCCAGCAACAGCGAGAGCCGCAGCAAGAGCAGCAGCAAGGACAGCAGCUGCAGCAAGAGCAGCAGCAGCAGAAGCAGCAAGAGCAAAAGGACCAGCUAUUCGGCACAAAGUCAAUGUUGCUGCUUGAACUGGUUGAAUCUGCUGCUGGCUCUGCGUCGGAUGAUUCUCGUGCUGCUGCUGCUGCAGAGGUGUUGCUGCUGCUGCAGCAGCAGCUGCUGCCGGUUGACUUUGUUGCUCCCGCUGUACGUACUCUGCUGGCGCUCUCAAAAGGGCUCGUGUAUCUGCCGGAGACCUCAACAUUUGCUGCUCCUCCGACACAGCAGCAGCAGCAGCAGCAGCAGCAGCAGCAGCAGCAGCAGCAGCAGCAGCAACCGGGGGGCAGCUGGACACAAGCGCUGCUGCAGUGCACGCGAGAAGGCCUGCAGCGGGAGCUGAAGAAGAUGAUAUGUCGGGCUGGAGCGUCUCUGCAGCUACGUGCAGCAGCAGCAGCAGCAACACCAAGAGCAGCAGCAGCAGCAGCAGCAGCAGCAAACGGCACUUUAGUAGCAGUAUAUGCCCCGGCAGCAGCCGCACAAGAACCAGCAAAGCUCCUUGAUGAUGACGAGCGCUUUUGCAGGUGCGAGCUGCUGCUGCUGCUGCUGCUGCAUUAG